UCGAUUUAUAGAAAUUGCAGUUUGUCAUCUUUCUCGGUUGAUCUUUAAUUAGAUUACAGCGUAUUAAUAAAGGAGUAAAAUAAUAAAAAUUACACAAAUGGCCUCGGCUGCAAUGUCACCAACUGAUGAUGACGAGCUUACUCUUCCUCGAGCAUCAAUUAACAAAAUAAUCAAGGAAAUAUUACCUCAUGUGCGAGUGGCAAACGAAUCCAGAGAGCUUAUUUUGAACUGCUGUACAGAAUUCAUUCACUUGUUGUCUUCCGAAGCAAAUGAAAUUUGCAAUCAACAACAAAAGAAGACUAUAAAUGCAGAACAUGUUCUACAAGCACUUGACAAAUUGGGUUUUGGUGAUUACAACGCAGAAGCAGAAGCUGUAUUGCGAGAUUGCAAAGCUGUUGCGGCUAAAAGAAGACGUCAAAGUACCAGAUUAGAGAAUUUGGGUAUUCCAGAAGAAGAAUUAUUACGGCAACAACAGGAGUUAUUUGCUAAAGCAAGAGAGGAACAGGCAGUCGCGGAACAGCAACAGUGGCAACAAUUACAAGCUGUUACACAAAUGGCAUCUAUGCAACAAGGUGACAGCGAACAAGAAGAUUAUUCAUGAAGAAAUUCAAACGAUGAAGAUCGCGUUUGCAAAAAUAAUUUCUUUUAUUUAAAAAAUAUAUUUAUAAUAUUUAAUAUAAUAUUUAAAAUAAAAGGAAGGGAGAGAGGAGCGGAAAGGAGGAUUAAUAAAAAUGCAAAUAUUAGCGAUGAGCAAAAUAAAAAAUGUCAAAUGCAAAUUCUAUUAUUUUUGAAAGUCUUUAAUAAUUUAAUUUUACAUCAUAUUUCAAUAGUACAUAAUGAAUACAUCUACAUAUUUCUUAAUUUAAAAUUAUAAUUUAUAAAAAUAAU